AUGGCGAUGAAGAAAUUUUCCAAGAUCUUGUCGCGGCGGCUAGGGCGAUCUGGUGGAGAUGAUCAUCACCGCUGGGACGCGGGACUGCAGUCAGGGCUAGAUUUCCACCAGCUUACAUCGAGGCGGUGGCGGAGCGGCGAUGAUGGCUUGGCAUUGAAUGGCGAGAACCACAGCCGGGUAUUCACAAAGGAGGUUCCGACGUACGGCGCCGGCAGGAUUUUGGCCGACGGGAGCGAGGACGCGGGACAACUAUGUGAUAUCUGCGAGGCAAUCGACUUUCCGAGGCUACUGGAUUGGAAGCCUGGGGAUGCAAGACCAUGGGUUUCUUUGGCACACUGCUUGAGGCUAAAAUUACCGGACGAAGAGGAACUCAGCAGACAUCGCAAUGGAUCGACAUCGGAGGAAGAGGACCUCAGCGAGGAUGAGAGGCGGAGGAGAAGGAGGCGGGAAGGGAACCUAUGCCCCUGGUGUGUCUUCUUUCACUCCAUGAUCACCACUGUACCGGAAGGAGAUGAAACUGGCGGCGCAGAUGGAAGGGAUGACAGAGCUUUGAAAACCAAAUACACCCCGUAUUUGCGCAUUCGCCUAGCAUUCGAGCGGCUAGGCGGUGGAGAGAAGCACCCGCUGGCGAAAUCGGUGCUCUUCGAAGUGACGACUAGGAAUCGGUCGCUUCCGUGGGGUUACAUUGUCAGGGCUGCACCUGCUAAGGGGGUCGAUGUUCAAACAGACCAUGUGGAAACAAAGGCUGGGGCUGGGACUGAGACUGAGACUGAGACUGAGACGAGAGUAAGUAGAGAGACAGCAUCUGAAAGGGGUGUAGGGUCGGGCAUAGAAUCAGUCACCGAAGUUGAACCAAAGGAAGAGGCGGAAUCCGAGCUGAAGCCACGAGCAAUAGCUGCAGAAGCAAAAGUGGAGGAGCCGAUCGAAGAGAAGUUGAAUGGUCUUGUCAUAGCAAAUGUGAAAGCCAGUCGAGGAGAGGAGCCAAAAGUCAUUUGGGGAAGAGAGAUAACCCCGCUGCUCGAUCUCGAUCUCGCAAAGUACUGGAUUGACUUCUGCAACGAGAAUCAUACUACAGGGCCCUGUGCCGUCAAGGAUCGAACCUUGGUAAAGGGACUGAGGCUAAUUGACUGCGAAGAGGGUAAAGUCGUUCUUGCGGAGAAUGUAUCAACACCGACUCCCAACGACAAACCCCAGGACGCUGAAUGUCAGAGCAUCACUCCCAGCCACAACAACAGCAUCAUGCAUCAGAAUGUGGACUAUGUUACGCUCAGCUAUGUAAUGGGGACCUAUCGCGAGGAUGACGAUGACAACGGCAAUGACGAAACCCUGCCACGCAGACUCCCGCAGGUUGUCACCGAUGCUAUUUCCACCACCAAGGCCCUCGGAUACCGCUAUCUAUGGGUGGAUCGAUACUGUAUCCCAAGAAAGGGAGACACAAAGGGGGCGUCUGAACGCCAGCGGCAGCUCGAACUCAUGGGCCAGAUAUACGGCCACUCGGCACUAACUCUCGUUGUCGCCGCGGGAGAAGGGGUUCGUGAUGGCAUUGCCGGAAUCAGCGCCCCGCGCGAAGAGCAGCUUUCAAUCCAGACCGAGUCCGACCUUUUUACUACCUCUCUUCUUCGUCCGGAUCUCGAGGUGGCUUCAUCGAAAUGGGCGUCUCGCGCAUGGACCUACCAGGAAGGUCUUUUGUCGCGACGACGGAUCAUCUUUACACCCUCGCAGAUUUACUUCCAGUGUCAAGCAUUACAUUGUCACGAAAGCCUCUCUCUUCCUCUAAAAUACGCACCGGGACUGAACUUUGGUCGCGUCUUUCCCCCUUCUAUCGACGACGUUCUUCAGCCUAACAAGAUAAAAAAUCAUAUCAAGGCCUACCUCGCCAAGAGCAUCAGCAACACCGACGACCGCCUGGACGCCAUUAGGGGCCUGCUCCGCGAAUAUUCUGUGAAAGAGAAGCUGCCAGUAGACAACUUGCUCGGCCUACCGCUAUUUCACCCGGACGACUUCACCAAACACAAGGUCGUUAGCCAAACGGACCGCCUCGCCAUUGCCCUUGGCUGGAUGCCCAGCCGCCCACUCCCUUCCUCCUCCGUAUCCUCCUCCUCCGCCACCUCAUCCCAUGACGACCUUCCCUAUAGCCUCGCCAUCGACCCUUACUCCCUCAUCGAUACCCCCAACCCAUUCCCUUCAUGGUCUUGGCUCGCAUGGCGCCUAAACCAGACGACGUACAGCUACAACGCCCCCGGCCACUCCUUCAACUUUAACCUUGUGGACGACGCUUCCCCGCUGCUUGACCGUGUAUCUGCGCCGCCAGGUAUGGAGAUCUCCGUCGGCUUCAGCGAUGGCAUGGUUCUCUCUUGGGAAAUUGACGGCGACGCCAUCGCUCGCAAGGCCGACAAGAUCGAGAUGCUCCGUCUCAAGACCUUCUGCUUCGACCUCACGGUCAAGAAAGCCGCCGCCGGCCUGGGUGCGAAAUACGGCUUCUCUCUCGCUGAACCUGUGGCCUCCGCGUUGGGCAAAUCUGCCACCGACUCCAUUGAGGCCUGGAUCAGGCGCUCGUCCGUCACUGUCUUGUCUGCCUCCGCGGAUGACGUGCCGGCUGGCCAGGAGUACUCGCUCAUCGGAGUGCUCGUGUCUGGGCGGCAUUGGAAGCCUGAGAGCACAGCGCAGCAGCCUCAUGGACAUCAUCAUCGCUCAGCGGCUCCGAAGACGGCGGGGCCCGCCUCCACGGCGAUGGCUACGAUUUUGAUAUGUAGGCGCGCAAACUGGGAUCCCGAAAGCCGCUUAAUUCGUCUCGGAGUGCUGAACGUGGCGUAUGACGGUUUGGUGCCUGUGGCAGGCGAGGCUGAUGCGUCGGUUAUGAAGGGGAUUGACGCGAGGAUUGGCGAGGAGAAGAAGGAUUUAAGGGUGAAGCUGCGAGAGUUGGACAUCUACUGA